GAAUAGAUGGAAUACAAGGACUGGGUGUGGAACUCUAUGGAAGGGAAAUUGACCCCACUGAGCUAACGUGGUUACUUUCACGUCCAGUACCGGAUCUAAUAGUGCUGGAAAGAAUACAGAAAGACGGAGGUUUUUUUAGUCAAGUUGGUAAGAAGGGUUUAGUCCCUCCAUGUCUCAGACCCACACUCCAGUACAGCAGAUGGCGCUAAAAAAACAGUGAAGUUGGAUGGCAACCCCACCGAAGAAGUAGUUGAGCAUUGAGUUCCGUCUCUUGUUUGUGCAAGCAAUUUUUUUGCAAUAGUGUCUAGCGCGUCAGUUUGGGCUGCUGUGUAGUGUACAUCAUCCACUUUGCUGCGCAGUCUUAAUGAGAUAGUGUUCUGAAGAUACUUUUGACAAUUGACAGGUAGUAAUGUCCUGUACAAUCAGAUCGUUUUGUACUGCGUUAAGGCAGACUACUAAGCCGAAAUCGCUUUGCAAAGUUUUAAAAACUUCGGUCGCGUCUGUUAGUAGCGUGGCAUCUAGUCCGACGACUCAAAUAGGACAAUGCUGCGAAAACGGACAAAGCUGUGGAUCAAAUUCAGGUUUCCUGCAUGCAACAUCGCCAGCCAUACCAACUUCUCCAUCACCCGCAAAUCACACACAAGUAGUGGGCAAGAAACGAAAAGAGUUGUCGCCUGCAUUGUCUGAAAGGGCAUUAACCACAACACCCAGUAUAGAUUCCAAGACUUACCUUUGGUCCAGGUAUAAUGAAAUGAAACGACUUGUGCAUGAUCUGAUUCCUCCAGGUGUAUGUAACAUACUGAAUCCCUCCACCAUCUAUGCCAACAAUGAGGUUGAUUUGGACAAAGUGGACAUCUAUGGCUUUGACUAUGACUACACGCUUGCUUUGUACUCCAGCGCUCUGGACAGAAUGAUCUACGAUAAAGCUCGAGAGUUCCUGGUCAAACACUACAAGUAUCCAGAGGGUAUUAGCAAGUAUGACUAUAUUCCCAGCUUUGCUGCACGCGGUCUUCACUAUGACAUUCAGAAGGGACUUUUGAUGAAAAUAGAUGCCUUCCAUUACAUCCAACUGGGGACUGUAUAUAGGGGUCUGAAGCCUGUCCCAGAUGAGGAGGUUUUGGAGCUUUAUGGUGGAACUCACCAUGUCCCUCUUCAGGAAGUCAGUGGCUUCUAUGGAAAGGGUCCUGUGAUGAAGCAGUUUAUGGAUGUUUUCUCCAUCCCAGAGAUGACGCUGUUGGCAGCUGCCAAUGACUACUUCAACUCCAAUGGAAUUGAAUAUGACCCAGGGCAUCUCUUCAAAGAUGUUUCAGAUGCCAUUGGAAUGGUGCAUAUCAAAGGCUACAUGUACAAGUGGAUAAUGCAAGACUUGGAGAAAUACAUCAUCAGAGGAGAUGAGACGUAUGCAGUUUUACACCGUCUGGUCAGCCAGGGCAAGAAGCUCUUCCUUAUAACCAACAGCCCUUUUAGCUUUGUGGACAAAGGGAUGAAAUACAUGGUAGGAAAGGAAUGGAGAGAUUUCUUUGACGUUGUCAUUGUUGAAGCUGACAAACCACACUUCUUCAACAACUGUGGCAAACCUUUCAGACGUUUGGAUGGCAACGGAGACCUUCAGUGGGACAAGAUCAGGAGCUUGGAUAAGGGCCAGAUCUACAAACAGGGCAACUUGUUUGACUUCCUCAGGCUUACAGGAUGGAGAGGAUCCAAGGUGCUCUACUUUGGAGACCAUCUGUACAGUGACUUGGCAGACCUGAUGCUGCGUCAUGGCUGGAGGACAGCGGCCAUAGUGCCAGAGCUGGAGAUGGAGACCAGGGUGGUGAACACAGAGCAAUACGCACAGAGCCUCACCUGGCUGCAGGCCCUCACCGGUUUAUUGGAACGCAUGCAGAUGCAUCGAGAUCUAGAGUCUAAGGAAGUUCUGCAGGAUUGGUUGAAGGAGAGAGAAGAGCUUCGAGCUGUGACAAAGAACCUGUUCAACCCUCACUUUGGCAGCAUUUUCCGCACCUGUCACAACCCCACCUUUUUCUCCCGUCGCCUGUGUCGCUUCUCUGACCUCUACAUGGCAUCCCUCAGCUGUCUGCUUAACUACGACCUCUCCUACACCUUUUACCCCCGUCGCACCCCUCUGCAGCACGAGGCACCCCUGUGGAUGGACCAGCUUUGCACUGGCUGCAUGAAGACUCCCUUCCUGGAGGAGAUGGCUCACAUCCGCUGAGAGGGCCUCACGGAGCUCUUGCAGACCUCAACCUUAACACGAAGAGGCAGGAACUGAGCCUAAGCCAAGAAUAAGGACCAUUGGGUCAUAGUGCACAGAACAUGCGUGCCAUCUCCAGGGUUGUAGUAGCAAAAUGUAGAAAUAUCUGGCUAUUGAGGUGACCCAUUAUCCCUUUUUAGGCCAGGAUAUUUGGUCAUGUUUAGUUACUUUUUAGGUUAGUUUUCUUUAGGUUGUAAAAACAUGACUUUAUAGACAACACAUGGUGUGAAAUCUGUUACUUUAUUACUUUUUCCCUUAUUUUACCAUUGUAGCCUUUUCAAUGUAAGACUGAUACCAUGUAGAGACAGAUCUUAUGGCCUUAUCUGUUUGAGUACUUAAUCUUGAAUAGGCAAAUAGUAUUAGCUGUUACUUUCUGAGAGUAGCUAAGUUGCAUUAAAUGUGUUGGGUCAUUCUUAAAUUGGUAGUUUUGUCCUGUAACUUUGCAACCAUGGAUACAACUACAAAGACAAAUAUUAUACAACAGCUGUCUUUGUUGAUACUGAACUCUUUAAACGCACAUGCUUUAUACCACAACUCAAAAACCAAAUGAGCAUUUUAAACAAUACGUUUUUACUUUAUCUUGAAAUGGAGGAGAGGUUAAUUUUCCAUGUGUCAGCAAUUUUAUUCAGCAAGGGAUUAGGACAAGUUUCCAUUUGCUGCAGAUGGAUCAUAGGUGUCUGAGGGUGAGAUGUCAUCGCGUUCUAUGAGUGCGAUGUCGUUUCACUGUUCUGACUUGUGAGUCUGCUAUUAAGUGAUUCAUGUAAUCCAAGGAAAAGUUCCAAUAAAAUCAUAAUGCCUUGUGAAAGU